GACUCGCUCUUAUAUAGGGGCCAUUCUGCAAAACGAAAACGAAAACGAAAAGGAGCUCGAACGACCUGCUCACAGCACAGGAAAAAUGCACUACGGCACGCCAAUUUUACCAAGAGUACCCUUGUCGCUCAUCAUAUUCUCUCUUACUUUCAAUGGAAGCAAAGCAAACCCACUUCUACUUGCAAACAUAAAAUCAGAUCAGGCAGGAUCUGACGAAAUCAUCGAUCAAGGAUUUCAACGGAGAUCGCCAGAUAACGUGAUUGCCUCUGAACCCAAUAAUCUGCCUCUCGAUCAGAUUGUGGAAAAUGUUGUUGGGCCCGGCCCGUGCUGCUCAGCCCUAGUACUACUUUAUAAUAAAAGCCCCUCUCUCUUACGACUAACGGGGGGAAGCUAGGGUACUCUCUCCCCUGUGCGGCUACAGUCCCAAAUCCUAGCCAGGGAUCCUCAUCUUUCGCCGCGUUUGACUCAGUUAUGUCUAUGAAGGGGGAGUCUUCAUCAAAGCAGGGAGAAGAAAUAUCUGUUUUUGUAUUGGUGACUACCUUUGAGGGUGACUUCCAUGGUGCAUUAUUUGAAGUAAAACUGGAUCGAAGAGGUCAAGUCAUGGGUGGAUGUGGAGCAACUCAGCCCCCACUACUUGAUCCUAUAGCACGUUUCUUUGAAAAGGAUUGUAAUAUUCCUGAAUUUUAUACCUUCGGUGGUGUUUGCAUAUGCAACAAGUUAUAUCUAUUGCUCAGUAGUGGUUCAGACAUUGGUCCAUGCAAUGAUGAUGAUGAUGAGAUCACCACUCCUAAGAAGCCUGACUCUUUGAAUGGAUACAUUUUCGACAUUAAGACUAGGGCACUCGUUAAGUUCAGCCCUCCCAAAGCUUCUAAGUCAUCUGGAACUGUUAUACAUGCGUACGAGAAAAUUUAUUUUCUUUUAGAUCCAUUUUGCUUCCCAUGUGAACCAGAAGAUUCUUUCGAGCGCUAUGAUCCGAUCAAUGACUCUUGGGAAUCACUGAAGCCUUUUCCGUAUUCUGAGGAUUGGGCCACAACAAAGAUAACCGGUCACGCCGUUUAUGAUGGGUCCAUUUUGUUUUCUAUAUAUGGCCGCAGGCAACCGGCAGUGAUGGCUUAUCAUGAAAAAAGAGAUUAUUGGGAGCCAGUCAAAGUUGAGGACUUUUGUUGGAGUGGAAAGGCCUUGGUUGUAGGCAAUACUAUGUAUGCCUUAUCCUUGCAACCUGGGGAGGUUAUAGCAUUCUCUGUCAUAACGGAUCAAACUGAUGAAGGUCAUGCUGCCUUUUCUCUUGGCAAGCCAUUGCUGUUGUCAGGCAUGGAGAUUAAGUUUCCACCGAAUCCUUCAAGGAGAUCACAAUACUUGGCUCAUUUGGGUGGCCUGGAAUUUUGUCUUGUCCAGAGUGGUUUCACGUACAAAGGCAAUUAUCGGCAACCUCUUUCUAUCACCACAUUUCGAAUUGAGGAGGGAAACAAUAUCAAGAUCUUACAUUCAGCAGUUCGUGAUGUGGAUAUUGAGGGCUUUAGUGGUUUCCUUGUUAGCUUCUGCUUCACGCAAAUGUGAAGACAUUGAACAUAAAGCAGCCAAAACAAGAAGAAGAAACAAUCAUUGUUAGUUACUAUCCUCACCUCUCAGUCAUGAUAAACUGUUUUAGAUGUAUUAUUUAAAAGAAUAAUAAAAAAAGAGAGGCCUUUCUCUGCCACACUAAAAUCUAAAGGAGCAAGUUGCAAUGUGUAGCACAGUCCUGACCCUUACCUGAAUUUUUGGACUCCUGGACGGGCUCCAACGGUGUUGAGGAGUAAUUAACAGCUCUGCGGAAGGAGUGGUGCUCACGGGCCGUGAAGAAGGUGAAGGUUGUCGGUCUCCACAGAGUCAUUCCUGUAAUCAUCAUGGUGAUGAACUUAUCUCCCAAGCUUCGACUUUCUCGGGUUCUCAGCCGUGUUUGAGAGCAGAUGGGAUCUGAGACCCAACUCUGCUAGGGUUUUGAAGAACGCCGACCCCGUAACAGAGUGUCUUUGCACCCUCUCCAUCUAUGGACUCUUCUGCGUUUCUCCCUACUAACACUCUUUGCUGUCACUGGUGGGUGAGAUGUGGUCUGCCCGGUGGCUGAUCUGGUGUUGGAAUUCGAUGGAGAUUGGUGGGUCGGUUUUGGUGACUUGAUGCUACAACAGAUGUACAGGGAUGGUGGUGGUACGGGUUAACUGGAAAUGAACUAGAAUGCUUGUUGCGGCUUUGGGGAUCUGGGAAGUACCGCCUGGUGGUGGCCUACUUUAGUUGCAGCGGUGUGCCGACAACAGAGAGACCCCUUAUUACUUGGUCGGGUGGCACUUGGGCUGCUGGAGAUCAAGAUUGGCUCGGGUUUGUCAACUUCGCUGGUGGUCGAGUCCUCUUUUCUUUUGCUUUUACAUUUAUUGGAUUCGUUUUGAGAAAGACAUGAUUAGAUCGAAGCCUCCCAAAGUCUUCUUGGUAAACUAUUUGUGCAAUUACAUAUUUUCUCGUACUAAUAGCGCAUGCAGUGUGGUUGGUUUUG